AAUUCGGGCGCCAGUUGUGAGAGCCGGCCCGCGGGCAGGCAAUAGCGUCAUUUUCUCCGGUAUCUUUUGCCGGCCGACCAGUCUAUUUUUGUUGAUUUCACACACGCACCUUCAAUCCCACGAGACAUCUCCGAAGCGGCUUGGUUUUGUCCCCAAAACACUGCAACGACAAUCAUCUCACAGCGCGCGCAUGCUUGCAACAUGCAUUGUUCUUGUCAAUACCCCUAGACCUUUUUUUUCCUCAUUUGACUUUUGUUCACCUUGGUCCCUCUUGACCAGCCACCAUGCGCCGUGCAGCUGCAUCUUCACUUCCCCUCCGCCGAGUGGGCGCAUCGCUCAACGGCUCUGCCGCCACAACCCGAGGCAUCACAGAGCAGGCUGCCCACCGACGCUCUCUUUGCACAACUUGCCUUGCCAACAGACACAACACAAGCGCUGGAAGAUCCCGUCCGUUACCGAGUAUUCUUACGCAACAAACCAGAAAUGGGGGCCAGAGGAGGACGGCUUCGGCGGUAGCGACUGCAACAGAGGGAAACAGGGCCGCAAAAGAUGAACACGGCCCGAUACAAGAAUACGAUCGCCGAGUCGACAACGGCAUUUUGCGCAACGACGAGCACCAGAGGGGUAUCAUCCAGAGCCUCCAGCACCUCCACGACGAGCUGGUCAACUACCAUGCGCCCGAAGUGAAGCAGCCGACCCUCGAGUCCAUCAAGCCCGCAAAGUCCAUGUUCGGAUCCUGGUUCGGCGGGGGAAAGGCUGCCGAGGCUGCGAUAGGAGCGAUCCCGAGCAACCUGCCCCGCGGGCUGUACCUCUUUGGCGACGUCGGUAGCGGCAAGACGAUGCUCAUGGACCUGUUCUACGACACGCUACCGAGCUCCGUCAAGACUAAGACGCGCAUUCACUUCCACAACUUCAUGCAGGAUGUCCAUAAGCGGCUACACAAGAUGAAGAUGCAGCAUGGCAACGAUGUUGAUGCUGUUCCCUUUGUGGCAGCGCAGAUCGCAGCGCAGGGCAACGUGCUCUGUUUCGAUGAGUUCCAGUGUACCGACGUCGCAGAUGCCAUGAUUCUGAGAAGAUUACUAGAAGCGCUCAUGUCACAUGGCGUCGUACUGGUCACGACAUCGAACCGACACCCCGACGAGCUCUACAAGAACGGCAUCCAGCGAGAAUCCUUCAUCCCCGCGAUCAAGCUGCUCAAGAGCAGGCUCCACGUCAUCAACCUGGACUCCCCGACAGACUACCGCAAGAUCCCGAGACCGCCCUCGGGCGUCUACCACACCCCGCUCGACGCGCACGCGACCUCCCACGCCGAGAAGUGGUUUCGCUUCCUCGGCGACCCGGAGAACCCGGAGCCGCACCCGGAGGUGCAGAACGUCUGGGGCCGCGAGAUUCACGUGCCGCGCGUGAGCGGCCGCUGCGCGUGGUUCACCUUUGACGAGCUCAUCGGCAAGGCCACGUCGGCGGCGGACUACCUCGAGCUGGUGCGCAACUACGACGCCUUCGUCAUCACCGACUGCCCCGGCAUGACGUACCGCCAGCGCGACCUCGCUCGACGCUUCAUCACCUUCAUCGACGCCGUGUACGAGUCGCACGCGAAGCUGGUGCUGACGACGGAGAAGCCCCUGACGGAGCUGUUCGUCUCCCGCGCCGAGCUGGAGGAGUCGUUGGAGAAGCAAGGGAAGAAGGACGAGGCCGGACAGCAGCAGAGCGGCGGCGAUACCGCGGCGGCGACGCAUCUCCUGGAAGACCUGGACCACAACAUUGAUUCCAUCAAGGGCAUGUCGGGCCUGUUCUCGGGCGACGAGGAGGCGUUUGCGUUUGCGCGCGCGUUGUCGCGUCUGAGCCACAUGGGCAGCAAGGAGUGGGUUGAGCGCGGUAUGGGGUUGGAGCAGCAGGGCGGCAAGAAGGAGCGCGACGACUGGGCCAAGGUCCGGAGUCGGCAGAUGGAGGACAGCAUGUAGAAGCGAGCGUUGUUUUGACAUCAGAGGGAAAGCAUUCUACCCCGUUUGGCCGUCUUCUUUUUGGCUGGGUUGCUGCUGGCUUUGUGCUGCGUCAUGGCUGUAGCCGUUGUGAAAAGGGGGCUUACUUGCUUCUUAUAGUUACCCGUCCGAGGUAUCUAGUUGGUGGCCGGCGCUAACGGCCCCCUUUUCGUCUUUUCAUGAGCAUUGGUUUCGUUUAUGAUGCUACGGCAGGACUGCAUUUACGGGGAAUCUCGCAUAUUUUGGCCGAGAGGUCUAUGUAUAUAAAUCAUCCUCGUUCAAGACAUGAUUCUUCGGCUCAGUCAAGACAACACACCUUGAUGAUCAGGAUUUAUUCCAGACUCUCAUCGUUUGGUCAUGCUUGUGACUUUCUGUCACAAGCGAUUGCAUAUGUGUCAAAAGUAUUAUGAUUGCACCAUUUCCGGGAAGCUAGUAAAUACCGGGAAGCAGAACCCAGGGCACUUCCCUCUUGAAAUCAACCCACUGCUCGCCGUACCGCUUGGAGCAGUACUCAUUCAACGCCGGCACGCCGCGCGUGAGGAAAUCCACCGCCUGCCAGACGCCCAUGAUCGUACCCCCGAUGAAGCCCGACGCCGCCAUGCAGUAGCCCGCCCGCCAGAGCGCGUACCCGCCGUAGUUGAUGUGCCGCGCCAGCUUCCAGAGCCCGCCGCGCAUGACCUUGCCCUUGUUCUCGGGCCGCGCCUUGAACUGCUUGCGCUGCCACUCGGACGCCGUCUCGAGGAACAUGCCGACGCCGUAGAGCACGCUACCCAAGACGACCUGGUAGGGAAGAGAGGUACCCGGGAAAUCGCGCGGGGAGGUCAGGACGGAGGUGGACGCCGCGAGGAGGAGGAGGGAGUUUGCGCUGUUGACGAGGGUGUUGUAGAAGCUCACGCCGACGGCGGAGGACGGCGGGAAUUCCUCGGCGGAGAUGCCGACGAGCCAGUAGGCUUGUUUGACGAAGGAGCCGACGGACAUGCCGAGGAGGAUGAGGUGCGGGAGCGGCAGGUGGAGGUCGUCGAGGAUGGUGACGCCCGUGGUGGAGACGGCGGCUACGUUGAGGGGGAUGGUGUUGAUGCCGACUUUGGCGAGGGCGGCGGCGCCCCAGCCGCCGGCGACGAGCUUGUAUUGGAAGAAGGGGUCCAGGCCGCGGAGGCCGAGGAAGGUGAGGGUUCCUGGCACAUUGGACUUUUUGACGCCGCGCUUGAUGAGGUCGAAGUUUGGCUUCUCGGAUUUGGAGGCCGCCAUCUUGGAAAGGCAGCACUCGUUUGGUGCGCGAUUGAGCUUAGAUGGAUGUGGUGCUGGUGUGUCUGAGAUGGCUAGAAUCAAGAGAUGUCGUCGAGAUAUAUCGUGAGCCUAUUUGGCUUGGCUCACAAGGUCGGACGAAUGCAGGAGGAACACAUGCAGGUCACCUCACUAGGGAUGCGCGCCGGCUGCAACCAGCGCUUUAUACACGCGGCGGGGAUGCGCUUGGGGAACCUGCGGUUGCUCCCCCUCAUGAUAUCAUUUACUGUCUGAGGAUGGCCAAAGGAACAGGUCCAAGCCCGGCGUCUGUUCGCCCAUUCAACGUUGUCGGAAGUUCGGGACAGCACUCCAUGUUGUUCAGGUAGCGGCUGUUGAUGUUUGGUGUUCAGACGAGCUUAAAGAGGUAAGUCGGUACCGGUGUC